CAAAGGUAGAAAAUGUCAACAGAAUAUUAUGUGUGGAGGAUUUUGUCUAAUUUUUUUGUUAAAUGUGAUUGCUGCAUCACUGUCCAACACUACCACAACAUUAAAUGAUCUUUGACUGUUGCACAGUUCUUUACAGCACUGUUUCCCAAGCUUUUUGGUCUGUGCUUGAGACACAGUUUGUUCCCAUGAUUAGGCCUGAUGAAGUUAGUGAGGGGAGUGUCAGACAGUGCUAAUGGAAGAUGGCCAGGGAGACAAGACAUGUGAUGAGGAAAAAACCAACUUCAUGUGACCCCACGGCUGAGGAGCGGCUCAUAAACGAAGACAAACACCCAUUUGUGUUGUUUUCCUCAUUCAGAGCUGAACAACCGAGGAGAAUCCACCAGUCAGCCGGCCUCAAUCCUCUCCCCUCUGGAAGAAGCCACGGAGGUCAGGAUGCAGACUUUCAAGACCGUGGAGACCCAGGUACCUUUUCUGAAAGAGAGUUUCUUCACCACCACUUUCAAAGGAAGGAGGAAGAGCAGCGUCACCAACCUCCUCCGUAAACAACAGCACUCCCUCCUCAAUCAACAGCACCAGCAGCAGCAGUGCAUUUUAGAGCAUCAGCAGCAUCCACAGCAAUUUCUUCCCCCCUCAGUCGAGACUGUACUGGGGCAGAGCACUCCGGAGCAUCAGCGACUUGCUCGCUCGACCAGCAGCCCGUUAUGCAAGACAGCCGAGCGUGCAGGAGCAUAUGGGGAUAAAAAGGAGGGGCAAAAAGAGGAUGAGAGAGUGAGAGAGGCUGUGCAGGGUAGGGGGGGAGAGCAUGGAGUGAGUGGGAGCGAGCCCGCGGCUGUCAGUGCCAGUCUCCUCCUCCUUUCAUCAUCAGCAUCAUCAGCAGCGCGGGGGGAAGCAGCAUCAUUCUCACAGCUGCCUGUAACUGUGGUGGGCAGACAGCAGGGAUUAGGCAGCUCUGAUAGGACUCUGACCAACAGAGGACCAGCAGCAUCAUCAGCAGCUCAGGAGGAGCAUGCCCAGCCUCGACCCCAGCAGCAUGGCCUGUUAGCCAAGGGUGUCCGCCUGUUCAGGAACAUGGGGAACCAGGAAGCAAAGCAGAGGAAAGGAGGAGGAAGUGGUGGAGCGGCAGGGGAUGUCUCCUGUGAUGGCGAUGCUGACGAGAGGGAAGUGGACAAGAAAUCCAAAAAGUCCCAAAAUAAGACAAGUAAAGGAGGUGAAAGUAAGAAGAAACCAAAGUCAGAGUCGAAGGGUUCUGUGUUUUCCAGCAUGAAGAUAAGGAAGAGUUUGUCAAAGGGAAAAGGUUUUUCUAAGGAUGACAUGUUGGAGGAUGGGAGGUCAGUUCAUCCUGGCAAAGCAGGGCUCAAGCCCGGUGCAGAGGCGAGCCUGUCAGCUGAUGAGAUGGGAAUGCUAUCAGAUGUUGAGGGGGAUCUGUGCCGUUUAGCCGCGGACAGUCACCAAUCUAUGGUGGAUGAGACUGGCCGGAAGACAAGCUCGGGGUCAGAUGCUGACAUAUACAGUUUUCACUCAGCAGCAGCUGAAAAUGAAGACCUGCUCUCUGACAUCCAGCAGGCCAUAAGAGACCAAUAUGUGGCCAGCGACAGGCUGGAAAUGACUGAAGGGUUAAUGUCUGAGGAGAACAAAAAGGAGGUACUAUCUCACCAGCUUUUAAAUCUGGAUAAAGAAGUUUUCUCUCACUCUGUUGGUAGUGAACCACAAGAAGUAAGCGAGGAGUUUGCGAAUUUAGAGAAUGCAAGUCGUGUUGUACCCAUAUCAAGAAAUUCAUCUGGUCCAGUGUCACCAAGUGAAAGUGGUCCAACAUCUUCAGCCCCGGACACAGAGAGAAGCAGCAGCAGCCUUUUCCCAAAGACUAACAGUACGUACAGCUUUCCUGACACUACAGCUACCAGCACUUCGUACGAGAGCGCUGAGGAGCCUCAGGAUGACCUGGAGAGCCCGGUUCUGCAGCCUCAAGUUGACCUGGCUGCACAGAGCAAAAACAUAUGUGUGCCAAGUGUCCGCUUGGAUCCCGUUGUGGCAGGGCCCACGCCGAUGGGGUCUCAUAGGAGUGUGAGCAGCAUGGACCUGUCUAUGGAGAAAGAGGAGGAAGAAACUGAUAAAUGCAACUUCCUGUCCCUGAGAAGGAGGAAGACUAGUUUGUCUAUCAGUCAGCUAACAACAGAUGGCCCACCUGGUUCUCAGCCAAGGCGGACGUCCUCCACCACCUCCCCAUCAACUGUCAAACUCUACCCUCCGGUUCACCCAUCCUAUGUUAAAACUACCACCAGGCAGCUUACCUCUCCAAUUGGCUCACCCAUCACCAGCCCCAGUGUGCCCAGGAAAACAGAUGCUGCUGCUGCUUCAAGAGAAUCUAGCGGGGCUCAGGGGUUUAGGAGGCGCAAGCAGAGGUCCUGCUCCAUCGCUGGGCCUCUCAGUGAGUCUGCAGACUGGUUAACAGAGCUGGAUAAGUUAAGAGGAAGGCAAAGUGGCGGGGACAAAUUUCCAGAGCUAGAGUCGGCGGAGAGGAGUUACACAGGCGGGACGUACUGGACGCUGGGGUCCAGGAGAGCACAUUACGGACGACAGGCCUCAGCUACCACAGUACCCUACCUGGAUGUCUUCUCUGGUCACACUCUGUUGGAUUGGCUGUGCACUCAUCGCGAAGAUGGGUCCACAGAAGAGGAGGCGAAGGAACUGUGUCACCGAAUGUUGGUCCAGGGUCUGUUGCACCCCUUUAGCGACAGCACAGCAGAGCUCCAUGAUGACAGCGCUGCCUCAGCUCUCUUUAAUGAGGAGCAGCUGUACACCUGGGCCUCUGUGGGCCUGCCUGUGUCCUCUCACCUGUGGGAACUCUACAGGGGACGAACCACAAGCAGGGAGCAGAGCUUGAGGCCCCCUUUGCAUCAAUCGUCAGCCAGGACAGCAGGAGCGUUAUACUCUCAGACAGAAUCCAGCAGGUUGAAGUCGGGUCAGUCAUCCUCAGAGGAUGAAAGCAGUCUCAUCCCUCAGCUGGAGAGGACCAUCGAUGAGCUGCGGAUUAAGAUCGCUGUGUUGCAGGGCCAGCAGGCCUCCUUGGCAAAGGGCAGCGGGGAUAAUAUGGGUGCUCUGGGCGCUGCUCUCCACAAGGCCUCACAGAUGAGAGGAGGAAGAUUGGGGAAGAUGAGCCAGGAGGUGUCUGUCCAGACCUCACCUGUGGAGGAGGGCUUUAAGUUUGACGUGCCUUUCAGCGGAGGAUCAGGCAGCGUGUCGUCUACUAUUUCAUCCUCCAUCCCAAAAUCUACAGAGAGCUUUGUCUGCACGUGCCAGCAGAAGCAACAGAGCAGCGCCCAUCCAUCUCCCCCUCCCAUCUCUGGAGGUAUGCCCCCACCUCCACCACCACAACCACCUUUACCAGGGGGUGCUGCUCCUGCCGCGGCCUCUCCGUGCGCCCCCCCAGAUUCCCCAGGGUGCGCCAGGUGGUGUCGCCCGCAGGAGCAACAGAGCAGCGCCCAUCCAUCACCACCAGGUUUGGGACCACCACCCCCUCCUCCCCCACCUGGUUUUGGACCUCCACCCCCACCUCCUCCACCACUGGGAAUGGGCCCACCUCCCCGCCCAGUAAGUGGCUUCAUUGGCUUGGGGGGCUCAAUCCCACCCCCAGGCUGCGGGCCUCCACCACCACCAGGCCCCAUGCCCUCCAUGAUGGUCCAGGAAGCCGCCCCUGCCAAGGCUGUGAUUGAGCCCCCCAAGCCAAUGAAGCCACUCUACUGGACACGCAUACAGCUGAAUGCUAAAAAGGCGAGUGCCUCCUUGGUGUGGGAGACAAUCGAAGAACCAACUGUGGACUUUGAAGAAUUUGUGGAUCUGUUCGCCAAAAGUGCUGUUAAGGAGAAGAAAAAGCCGAUUUCAGACACAAUCAGCAAGUCCAAAGCCAAGCAGGUGGUGAAGCUGUUGAGCAACAAGCGUUCGCAGGCUGUGGGUAUUCUGAUGUCCAGCAUUCAUCUUGACAUGAAGGACAUCCAGAAUGCCGUUCUAAAUAUGGACAACACUGUCGUUGAUCUGGAGACUCUGCAAGCCCUUUAUGAAAAUAGAGCUCAAAAUGAUGAGAUGGAUGGCAUUAACAAGCAUAUUAAAUCAUCCAAAGACAAGGAGGAUGCCAAGCCACUGGACAAGCCUGAACAGUUUCUAUUCCAGUUAUCCCAAAUCCCCAACUUCUCUGAACGAGUGUUCUGCAUCCUGUUUCAGUCGACUUUCCAUGAAUGUAUCACCUCGAUCCACCGCAAAAUCGAAAUACUUCAGAAAGUCUGCAAGACUCUCCAGGGUGGUAAGUGUGUAUUGCAGGUGCUUGGCCUGGUACUUGCUUUCGGCAACUUCAUGAACGGAGGUAAUCGGUCUCGAGGGCAGGCCGACGGCUUCACCUUGGACAUUCUGCCAAAACUGAAGGACGUUAAGAGCAGUGAUAACUCCCAGAGUCUUUUGUCCUACAUUGUUGCUUACUAUCUAAGGCACUUUGAUGAGGAUGCUGGCCGAGAGACGUGUGUCUACUCUCUGCCCGAGCCGCAGGACCUUUUCCAGGCCUCCCAGAUGAAGUUUGACGACUUUCAAAGAGAUCUGCGCAAGCUGAAGAAAGACCUCAAUGCAUGCUCAGCUGAGACGGAGAAAGUGUGCAAGUUUUCCUCUGAAGAGAAUCUGCAACCCUUUAAGGACAAGAUGGAUGAAUUUCUCAGCCAAGCCAAAACCGAACUGGAAGCACAAGAGAAGCAGCUGGCAGACACUCAGAAGAUCUUCUUGGAGUUGUCCGUGUCCUUCUCAGUUAAACCCAAGGCAGGAGAGAAAGAGGUCUCUCCCAACACUUUCUUCUCCAUUUGGUACGAGUUUUCCUCUGAUUUCAAAGACCAGUGGAAGAGGCAGAAUAAGCUGAUGUUACAGGAACGGGUCAAAAUGGCUGAAGAGUGCUUCAAACAGGCCAAGGAGAAGGCUUCCUACAAUGUGAAACCCAAACAUGCAACUGGAAUAAAAGCAAAGCUGGGUCAGAAGAUCUGAAGCAGAGAAUGGAAAAUUAUCAUCACUCCAGCCUAUUGCACAAGUACGGUUUGAACUAUCUGAUGUGACUCAUCAGCCAUUUUUACAACAUUUGUUUGCUUCCGGUAUUUGUUUUGAGAUGAUUUAGAUCUGUUGUUUAUUGUGAGGUGGUUCAAAGUGGAUAUUUUAUUGUUUAAAUGACACUCUAAUCCACCCUUUCAUAAUGAAAUAUUGCUACCAAAAGACAUUCGUAAGCUCAGAUGAGUAAAUGUGGUCGAGUCAUUUGCCAGAAAAUGCUCUGUGGAGUCUGAAAUUUGUAGCAACACUAAAUCCGAGCUUUCUCAGUACUUUAUAAGCCAUAUGAAGCCUAUUUUCUUUUUUAAUGCAAUUCCCAAGCCUAGUUUACUAGGAAGGCGGCAACACUUUAUAUCUCCUUUAAUGUUUAAAAGCACAGAAUUUUAUAACAUUUCUACACGGUAGGUAUUGAUCACCUGCCAGAUAGAAGGUGCCUUAUUGCACAGUGGAGAGGUCAAAUGCAGAGCUAAAGUUUGAGACAUAUCAUCUGUAAUUAAGUGUUAUAUAGAAAUCUGUUUUACAAAGUCAGAAACAUGAGAAAUGUACUUUUCUUAAUAGUUUCAUCAAGUUUGUGUCAGAAUAGUGAUAAUUCUAGAUGUGUUUUACAUACAGCACCGUAUCUGUUGUGGUUUAGUUGUCUUUUCAUCCAAAAAGGCCCUGCAUAGAUGGAUUAUUGUUUUAUGCAGCUGUAUCAUCAACAUGUUUUGUUUUAAGCAAAAUCCUAUGAACUUAGUUUUGCCUUUCCUACUUUGUGUGAGUGUCUGAACUCCCAAAAUGCAAAUGGGGCAAUAGGAUCAUAUGGCGUGACAUUCAUGUGCAAUACCAACCAUGUGUUUUGAUUGACCAUGAAAAAAUAUAUUUAUUGAAUAAAAA